UGUCCCUGGGUGUCCAAAUUUGUCCUGAUCAGUCCAAUCUGCACACCCGUCAACCCCCCCGCCUUCCACCCUUCGCUUCAUGAUGUCGAAAACCGCCCCACACCCAUUCGCACGAGCGGUCGCAAUCUGGAACACCGCGCCAACUGGUGGUCCAGGUGCUGCAAAGGCCGCUGCAGCCAGUCCCGCCGAGCGCACGGCCGUGUUCCAGCGCGUCAUCUCGUUCUACUCCCAUACACGUCGCGAGGAGGACGGCGCGCGCGAGGACGCCGAGCUUGGCAUCAACCGCCUGUGCUUUAGCAACCUGUUUCCGUGCACCAUUCACGUGUCUGCACACGUCGAGCGCACUGCCGCGGCUGCCGCUGGAGUUUCGCAGCUGCUGAUUCACAAAGAAUUGGUAGACAUCGAUUACUCAAGCACUGAAAACUUGUUCCAAGCAGCCAAGUGUGCAAACCUGUGCGAUGCUCUCUUUGUCGCGCACGCCCUUGAUUCCCGCGAAGCUGCCAUGUUCGGGCAAGGCCGCAUGACUCUGAGCGACGCGCACCGCGAGCGGUUGAUCAAGUACGGCGCCAAUCCGGACGAUUUCCAACGCGCCAAAUCCAACUCUUGGAAGCGAACAGCGAGCGGGUAUCCACUCAUGCGCGAAGACUGGGAUAGCAUCAAGCCCUAUGUGAUGAUGACUGCACUGCGACUCAAGUUCGACGUGCCGUCUGUUGGUGCGGCGAUCGUCCAGACCGGUGCACAAGAGGCCGUCAACUCGCUCACCGCCCUGGCCGCGCGCGACGAGAACAUCCUUCUCGUGGAGCACGUCGACCGGGACCGCCAGUGGGGUGAUGGUCUCCUUGGCGAGGGCACCAACAUGCUUGGCAAGAUGCUGACGCAGCUGCUGUGGGAAAAGCGGCACGGCUGCACCUAUCCCCUCGACCUUGCCUGGCUCCGUCGCCCAAACAACACUGUAGCCGAGUAUCCAUGAGUGUCCAAUGUGUUUGUGCCUUUGUCCUCUGUUCAUGCUAACAGUCAUAAAGUUGUUUUUCGACCAA